ACCAUGACCAUGGAUCAGAAAUUAAAAGCACUCAAGGUCGUCGACCUCAAAAGCAUUCUCGUCGCCGCCUCAGUCGCCAUCCCUACAAAGGUCACAAAGCCUGAACUCAUUGCUCGAAUCCUCGCCAGCCAGCCCGCUCUUGACGCCUACCACCGUCAAUACGAACCAUCCGAUGACCUCCUUGCUCCUCCAGAAGACGUCGAUUGGAAUGUUGACCAGCCAGACCUCCUUGCAGUCGACCCCCAACCUGUGAUACCUGCUGACCCUCCCAAACCUCCGCCUCCAGCACCCCCUUCAACCAUACCCGUUCCUUCGCCUCCUAAAGUCGUCGACUCAGAGCUCGAGAAGCGUAAGCAACGCGCCGCGCGCUUUGGGAUCCCUCUAGUCGAAAAUGCAGCCAAAAGCACAGGAAAACUUACUGCCGCACCACUUCCUCAAGCGGCACUCCCAGAUGAUCCUGCGAAGCUUUCCACUCGUGCUGCUCGAUUCGGCGUCGCCAACCCUGUUGCGCCUACGCCCACCGUUCCUUACAAAACCCAGAAAAGGGCAGCUGCGACGGAGUUGAUAGACCCAGAGGAACUAGAGAGGCGUAAAAGGAGGGCAGAACGCUUUGCCGUAUCGACCACAGAUUAGCCUUGAGUCGUAUUGCUUAGAAUCGUCUUUUUUAUGUAGAAGUGUGUUGUCAUUUGUUUGAGUUUCCGUUCUUUUGCUCUACGGCAAGCCCCGGGAGGAAUCCAUAAUUUACAUUCAAGUUACC